AUGGCUCUCUGGAUCCGGUCGCUGCCUCUCCUGGCCCUUCUUGCUCUUUCUGGCCCUGGGAUCAGCCACGCGGCUGCCAACCAGCACCUCUGUGGCUCCCACUUGGUUGAGGCUCUCUACCUGGUGUGUGGAGAGCGGGGUUUCUUCUACUCCCCCAAAACCCGACGGGACGUUGAGCAGCCUCUAGUGAGUGGUCCCUUGCAUGGUGAGGUGGGAGAGCUGCCGUUCCAACAUGAGGAAUACCAGAAAGUCAAGCGAGGCAUCGUUGAGCAAUGCUGCGAAAACCCAUGCUCCCUCUACCAACUGGAAAACUACUGCAACUAG